UGCCAACCAUCGCGUGCACAGCGCUGAAUUACAGUACGAUGGCGUCAUCUACGUUUGACACUUGGCUGGCUACGCGGCUUGAAGAGCUAUCCGUAGAUAGCGAGGUGUAUGGUGAAUACGUGAAAGGAAUUGUGGCUGACACAGAAACCGAACUUGAAGAACGAUGCUCCACCGCUGUGGACAUCCUGCGAGCAGUCUUGGGCGACGAUGCUGCGUUGGACACCAUGGCUGGUGAACUUCAAGCCAAGUGGACAGAGCACGAGCUCGAGGUUAUCGAGUUGAAGGCGCAGGAACUGGAGAAAGCCAAAGCUCGCCACCUGGUCGAAAAGAUGGAAGAGCUGAAGUUGGUGGAGCUCAACAAGCAAGCCGAGGCCGACAAAGCGCAAGCUCGCUCGCACAUGUCCAAGGAAGAACUCCAGCAGCGCGAGAAAAUCCUGCGCGACUAUGGGGCCGUGGGCGACUCGGAAUUCGACGAAGACGGAAACGUUAUCUUCAAGGGCUCUCAACAGACGGAGGAAUUGAGCGUGGUCAACACUAAUCGCGGCCAAGGCAAGGUUGCGCAGCAAGAAUUGCGGGACAAAAUGAAGAAAGAGCACGACGCAAAGGUGAAGCGAGAGAAGGAGCUCCUCGAAGCCGACCGGUUGCGCAAGGACAAAGCCCAGAAACGAACCCAAAAGCGCGAAAAGCAGCGAGGGUGCGGCUAGGCACUCAAUUGAAUCGAUUGACUGACAGUGAAUAAGCAAUUGACAAUCCAUCGAUCGAUGCCAUAAUUACCAAGUGUGUUGAUUUCGGG